ACUUUUACAGAAUCAAUCUAGAAAUUUGAACUACUUAUUAGCAUUUGCAACUGGGGGUGGGGGGAGCAGCCUCCCCCACCCCACCCCCCACUCUGCGUUUCCGGACUAGUUCCAGAAACCGCGGUUUAAAAUUUAACCCUUCGAGGGUAGCUGGUGAGGGCUGGGGUAUUGUUUUGCCCCCUUGCUCCCUGCCACGAUCAAGUCCGAAAUGAUUAAAGGAAACGUAAAAGUGCAAAGGGCGCGCCUGACCCUGAUAAACAGAGGUCAGAUUUCGUAAGGGGAUGGGUGAGUGUGAGUGUGUGUGCGUGUGUGUGUAAGAGAGAGAGAGAGCGAGCGCGCCAUAUGAGUCUCAAAGGCCAAACUCCGGCCAGUCAGGAGCCGGAAGGCUGAGUCCCGCUGACCUGACUUUGAGCUUCCCUGGAGUUAUCUCGCAUAGGCGCUCGCUCUGUCCAAGGGCACGCGAAGCCAGCGGGCAGCCAGUCUCCGUGAAGAAUGGUCUCUAAACAACUUAUUGUACCUCCUUUUAAAGAGAGUGAUAAAAUGGGCUUUCCCUCUCCACGGAUGCCCAGCCUUCUGGGCAGGCGCACGGCCGGGCGGCGCCCAGUCCGCAGCCCCGAUCCGGACACCCCACUGCAUCCCUCCCUUCCCGGUCCCUUCCCCGCACGGGCGCCCGAGAGACGGACAAAGAGUUGGGGCCAAGUUUGAGCGCCGGGCACGGCCAGGCUCAGGGAAGGAAGGUCCCCGGCAGACACCUGGGUACCAGAGUUGGUGCGAGGAGGAAAAGCUGGGAGGCGAAUUCACAAUCCUGGGGGUGGAGGGCAGGCAGGGGAGGGGAAUCAGGCCAAUCCCAGCAGAGUGAGCCCCCAGCGAGCUGGGGCUCCGGAUGGGAGGCCUGUCUCGCGCUCCAAAGAAAAGCAAACCGUCCUCCCAGGUCCGCCUGGAUUGCCGAAGCCCCUCUGGAAAACCUCCUUCCCCUCUUACACCAAACUUUGCGCCGGGCCUCGUUCCCUCCCGGGUAGGCAGCGGCGCAGGAAGGGUUAAGCCAGCCCGUCCCAGCUGACAGUCAGCUGAUUGGGCCCUGAUUGACAGCUCCGAAAAGUUUCCUUGUUUCUAUACUAUUAUGCUAAUCGCGGCCGCUCUCGCCGCCUCCCAUUGGCCCGGAGUGCCAGUCAAUUUCUCAUUUGGAACUGACGUCACGAGUGCUAUAAAACUCAGUAAUUGCUUUAAACUCUUCUUGCUGGAUCAGAGGCUUUAAAAUCUUUUUUCAUCUUCGAGCUGUAGCUCGGGCUGCUUGUCGGCUUGGCCUCCCCCUCCCCCCUUUGCUCUCUGCCUCGUCUUUCCCCAGGACUUCGCUAUUUUGCUUUUUUAAAAAAAAGGCAAGAAAGAACUAAACUCCCCCCUCCCUCUCCUCCAGUCGGGCUGCACCUCUGCCUUGCACUUUGCACAGAGGGAGAGAGCGCGCCAGGGAGAGAGAGGAAAGAAAAAAAAAUAAUAAAGAGAGCCAAGCAGAAGAGGAGGCGAGAAGCAUGAAGUGUUAACUCCCCCGUGCCAAGGUCCGCGCCGCCCGGACAGACGCCCGCCGCGCCUCCAGCCCCGAGCGGCCGCCGCGCGCGCCCUGCCUGCAGCCCGGGCCGGCGAGGCGAGCCCUUCCUUAUGCAAAGCGCGCAGCGGAGCGGCGAGCGGGGGACGCCGCGCACCGGGCCGGGCUCCUCCAGCUUCGCCGCCGCAGCCACCACCGCCGCCACCGCAGCCCGCGGAGGAUCUUCCCGAGCCUGAAGCCGCCGGCUCGGCGUGCAAGGAGGCGAGCGAGCAAGGAGGGGCCGGGGCGAGCGAGGGAGCACAUUGGCGUGAGCAGGGGGGAGGGAGGGCGGGCGCGGGGGGCGCGGGCAGGGCGGGGGGGGUGUGUGUGUGAGCGCGCUCGGAGGUUUCGGGCCAGCCAACGCCGCGCAAGCUAGAAGCGCCCCAGCCCGGCAAGCUGGCUCACCCGCUGGCCACCCAGCACAGCCCGCUGGCCCCUCUCCUGCAGCCCAUCUGGCGGAGCGGCGGCGGCGGCGGCGGCAGGAGAAUGGCAUCAGAACUGGCAAUGAGCAACUCCGACCUACCCACCAGUCCCCUGGCCAUGGAAUAUGUUAAUGACUUCGAUCUGAUGAAGUUUGAAGUGAAAAAGGAACCGGUGGAGACCGACCGCAUCAUCAGCCAGUGCGGCCGUCUCAUCGCCGGGGGCUCGCUGUCCUCCACCCCCAUGAGCACGCCGUGCAGCUCGGUGCCCCCUUCCCCCAGCUUCUCGGCGCCCAGCCCGGGCUCGGGCAGCGAGCAGAAGGCGCACCUGGAAGACUACUACUGGAUGACCGGCUACCCGCAGCAGCUGAACCCCGAGGCGCUGGGCUUCAGCCCCGAGGACGCGGUCGAGGCGCUCAUCAGCAACAGCCACCAGCUCCAGGGCGGCUUUGAUGGCUACGCGCGCGGGGCGCAGCAGCUGGCGGCGGCGGCCGGGGCCGGUGCCGGCGCCUCCUUGGGCGGCAGCGGCGAGGAGAUGGGCCCCGCCGCCGCCGUGGUGUCCGCCGUGAUCGCCGCGGCCGCCGCGCAGAGCGGCGCGGGUCCGCACUACCACCACCACCACCACCACGCCGCCGGCCACCACCACCACCCGACGGCCGGCGCGCCCGGCACCGCGGGCAGCGCGGCCGCCUCGGCCGGUGGCGCGGGGGGCGCGGGCGGCGGUGGCCCGGCCAGCGCUGGGGGCGGCGGCGGCGGCGGCGGCGGCGGCGGCGGCGGGGGCGCGGCGGGGGCGGGGGGCGCCCUGCACCCGCACCACGCCGCCGGCGGCCUGCACUUCGACGACCGCUUCUCCGACGAGCAGCUGGUGACCAUGUCUGUGCGCGAGCUGAACCGGCAGCUGCGCGGGGUCAGCAAGGAGGAGGUGAUCCGGCUGAAGCAGAAGAGGCGGACCCUGAAAAACCGCGGCUAUGCCCAGUCCUGCCGCUUCAAGAGGGUGCAGCAGAGACACGUCCUGGAGUCGGAGAAGAACCAGCUGCUGCAGCAAGUCGACCACCUCAAGCAGGAGAUCUCCAGGCUGGUGCGCGAGAGGGACGCGUACAAGGAGAAAUACGAGAAGUUGGUGAGCAGCGGCUUCCGAGAAAACGGCUCGAGCAGCGACAACCCGUCCUCUCCCGAGUUUUUCAUGUACCCAAGGGAAUCCUCUACAUCAGUGAUGUGAAAAAAUCCAGUUGCCUGAAGUCAAAGAGAAAAUAUGCUGGCAUGCUAAUCGCGUGAGACAACUUGGCCCACGGACAGCCACAAAGCACAAAACACAAACUCACAGAAGAAACAAGAAUCGUAAGAAUCGUGUUUCCCUGGCGUCUACGAGAAGCGCUUUAUUAGAAGCGCUUUAUUUUUCCUCUAGAUUUCUUUUCUAAAACAAAAAACAAAAAAACUGAAACAAACAUUGAAAGAAACAAUACAAACGUCAGGUGAUGAUAUUCAAGCAUGUUCUUUUAUUAAGCAUAGGAUGGGAGGCACAGCAGGAGGUUUAAGUAGAAUGUGAAAGCAAGAGAACUGAGACUGUGACUGACAGACAAAGAGAUUAACUAACUGCCCCCCAAAAUAUCCUGUGUAUUCUUAAGUAUACACGCUUCCCUUCCUGCCUUUCAAGGUAUCUUUCAAGGUAUCUAAGGAAUGAUUUGAAAAAUUUGUUAUAAUCUCUAAAGAAUUUUUUGUAUAGCAUUAGCAAAGGAGUCUAUGACAAGUACUUUGCCACCUGGUAGUUCUGUGUAUUCUACUCCGUCUGGGUGUCACUGUCAUCCUCACUGGCUGGGACAAGGUUCUGAGAUUUGUCUCCCCAGCAGUUGCCAAGCUGGCUCAGGCUUGGUCAGGAUGAAUGAAACAAUUAUGUCCUGGAUCAAUGCAACAAGGAGCAGUGAACACUUGCUUUUUCUUCCCUAAGUAGGAGAAAGCCAGCCCCGGGCUGCAGUGGUGGCCGUUGUGGUAGCUGGAUGGGACGAGGGGACCUCAGGCUAUUCUAUAACGGUUAACAGUAAAAGAAAGACAAUUGCUGGUGCUUCUCCAGGGAGAUACGGAACCUACACACCAACCAGGUUUUUACUUUCAAACAAACAGACAGGCCACCACCAGAAAUCAAAGAGACCUAUGCCUAGCCCAGCCCCAGAAAAGUGAUACUUUACCCCAGGAAUUCCCUGCUUCCCAUUGGUACUUAACAUUUUUCACUCUGUUGUGACUGCUCUUAUUUCCUUUACUCUUGCGGAUCUGUGUUGGAGGGACAUUUGGAAGGGGCCCAGCCCUGGCACUUCCUUGAGGAGACACACACAGGGCGGGUGUGUGUGCCCAUCCACUCUGAGCUCCACUUAGCGGGACUGGCUGCCAAGCCGUUCUUGGAUCAGCCUCUCACUGAGCGCCCACAGGGUCCGGGCCGUCUCUUCGCUCUGAGCUUCUGGUGAGGGCAUGCAGCGGCAGCAGUUGUUGAAAUACAUCCCUCCCAGACCCUCCAGUUCUGGGGCAGCAGCACAGUACACGGUGGUGGCAGCUCCCUGUUGCUGGAAAUCCAAGAAGAAAGACAAAAAAAAAAAAAAAGUUUUAAGAAAAGGAGUGAUGAGAUGACGUCAUUUCGACUGCCUGGGCAUUAGCAGGCCUCCCCCACCUGGUUCAGUUUCAGCUGGAUCUUGGCAUAGCAAAGGGUACUGGGCUGAAAGCACAUGACUGUAAAAAGUAUAACGUGACUAUCCUGCAAAAACGAGUUCAUAAACUCCGCUUCUAAAGCUGGUGUGACUUUUGACACCUAAUAUAGGAACAGGCUUGGAAAAUAAAUACACAUAUCAAUACGUCGUGGUAGGCGCCUCUUCCACACAGAGAAAAAGAUGGUAUCCUUCUGAACGUGCAAGAACAAAUUCAUCCAACCCCUCGACUUCUCAUGUAUAAUGUAAUUCGAUACCAAAUCAUUUGUAGAACCUUCUAUCUGACUAGAACCUUCUGACAAACCAACCACUCUUAAUUAUGGUCCAUCAGGUAGAAAACCCAAGUGGGGCUGCUGCCAGAUCAUCCCUUUAUGCUUUGCCCACGGUGCUGCUAGGGGAAGGGUUGGCAAUGGUGUGUUAAAACAUUUAAUGCGCGCACACACACACACACUCCUCACCAUACAUUCAUACCUAGCACAAACACAUAACACAUUUAUUAAUUCAUCCAGAUCCCAUGAAAACCUUUUUCUAAAUGUCAUAUUUGACCCAGAUUUACAAUGGGACCAUGGGUAAGGGGGUACAUUUCCUCCCAGCCCACUUCAAAAUGUAAGUUGCAAACAGUGCAACUGAUCACUUUCAUUCACCUUUUGAGUAACAGUUGGGGCUGUGGCUAGGGACGUGUGCACUGAUGAGGCAUCAUAUCAUCCAAACUGACAGAAUACUGUCGGGGAUGCUGUAAAGAGGGCAAGAAAUCACUUUGCUUUGCAAGCCAUAAUUAAAAAUAAUAGGCUGCUGUUCAGAGGGAGACAUGGUUGGCACGUCUCUAAUUUAAAACCAAUACAGUUUAUCUGGCAUCUUAUGAUUAUUUAUGUGUUUCAGAGCCCUAGCUGCAUCCACUAAUUUUCAGCUGAUGAUAGGGAGAGGGGUUGCAAGAGAGGACCGGAGAAGGUAACUGAAGAUAAGCUCGCCCCCACAAGGAAAACAGUAAGGAACUUUGAUUGUGGGGGAAAUGACUUUCCAACCUGACCCGAAGCUUAUUUUUCUGUCUCUGCAGGGUUUACAUUGUGACCAUGCAGGGUGCUUACUGGAGGAGUUUCCCUCAAAUGGUCUGGUUUGCAAUCACUAUGCUUGCAUUCUAGGAUCCCUGGGAGAGUCAGGUCCAUUCUGAGAACUAGGGUCCCAAGGAAGGUGUUACGAUGUGAAGAAUGUGCCAUAAGGCAGACUUGGGUUUGUUGUUGCCAUUGUUGUUUGGUUUUAGCUUCUUCAGUGUCUGUCAGUCAGGAUAUCUAGUAAUAUUUGAGUUGGUCUGAAAACUGAAUGGUCAAAUGCAGUCAAGUGAUAUGACUCUGGGCCGGGUGUGGACCGUGAGUGAGACAAAGAAAGACUUGGGUUUUGAUAAUAACUGGCUGCUUGAUGAUACUGGACAAGUCCCACUGGUCCUGAAUUUGAAUAACUGACAUGACUUGAACUUAAUAGUAACUGGUUUGUUACCUCCCCAAUCUCCCUCCAUUAUCAUGCCCACUCCAAAUAGCCAGAUAUUAUCCUGGAUUCAGCUGUUUCUUUUCCCAUUGAUUUGUGUGGCUCAAGUCUAAUGGAAAUGAGUUCAUGUCAUCCAAAUUUCCUUUCACUGAAUUAUUAUUCCUAAUAACCCUGAGCUUAGCACCUGGCACAUUUAUCUAAACAACUUCAAGUGGUUUAUCUGGCUCUUCUGCAUCCCAUGUGAGGAAAAGGGAAGCAGAAGUGCCUCUAAAGACAAAUUGGAGAAUUGACAUGCUCAUCCAGCUAACUCAAGCCAAGUAUUAUUUUGGCCUGGAAUCUUAGUGUUCUGGUGGAGAUGGUGUUUUGUAUCAACUUCCAGAUAUCUGUCAUAUAUUUUCAUUUUACCUUGCAGCUGCCAAAAUGACCAGAGUGGCCAAGUGACUUGCCAUUAACUCCCGAGUGGUGGGAGAAUCCAGCUCACUCAUUUCAAGUCCAGCCUCCCGCCCUCUAUGCCACAAUGGUUAUACUAUUCAGCAUUCAAACGUCAUGACAGACUGGCCUUUCACUGUUCUGCCAAGCGUGAGGAAAGACCAAAGCAGUCCAUUUGGGAAAGCAAAAAGCAGAAUUCUUCCUAACCUGAUAAAAUAUUUUGCCACUAUGACCUACUGUAAUGAUACCAUGUUGCACUCUUGCAUUAUUGGAAUGGUAUUUUUGCUAAGAAAUUCUGCAGUCCCAUUGAUUCAGAAUGCCACUGAUGCAGGAGCUGGGGACCUACCUUUUCCUUCCACGGAAUCUGAAGGCAAUUACAAUUGGCUUCAUUUCAUGCCAACCUACAUUUGGCUACAAUGCUGAGAGCCAUACCUUCCUUUUUGAAAAGCCUAACUUUUUAUCAGGAGAUGGCUUUGACUCCUUUGCCACUAGGCUUGGGGUGAUUUACCAUCUAAAUUCCAUCACAAGUGGCUCUGGCUUUGUAGAACACAGUACACAGGAGGGGCACCCGAAAGCAAAGACGACGUUCUCUACUCCAAAAAUCAACCGUCCACCUUUGGCAAAUUCUCUUUCUCAGAUUCAUGCUUGGUGCUUAUGGGUACUCACUCUACUUUCCUCCCUUGCUGGACAAUUAAGCAGUAACAAUAUCUUGUUGGUCCCACACGCACUACCCCUUUGGUCUCUUGGAGAAUUCUCUUUUCAGCCGUACCAAUGGCAACCUCUGAGUGAUAUCUUAAUAUGAUCAGAUGUGACGACAGUUUAGUAACAAGUUCUCAUUUUUGGCUCAUCAGCUUUUCGGCCUGCAUAUCAUCAGAAUGAGACUGAGCCACAUUAGUGAAAUCUCAAUAGUAAACAAGCUGGUACUGCCAAUACAAGACAAAGCAUUCUUAAACUGAUUUAAAAAAAAAAAAUUUUUAAAGAGCACUUUAAUCACCAUAAGAUGACUUUCAUUCAUACCACUUUUUGGGGCAUCAGUUCAUAAUGCAGAAAAGAUGAAAGAGCCAUCUAAAGGAAAUAAUGUUAACAACUCCGUUAUAAAAUAUCUGAGGCAAUACCUUGCCAGUUGUUAUCAAUGCUUACUGAUCCAUUGUGAUAAAUAAUAAUACCUUGACAUACAAACACUGGCUGGAGCUAUGGGUUCCCCUAAACGAUUUUUUUUUUUUGAGAAUCAUUUAUCAGAAGCCUGUAGGUUGUACAUGGUUGCUAAUCAUGGGAAAUGGGGGAGGUGUCUAUCCCGCAGCAAUGGCAAUGAGUUAGGGUGUUGACGACACAGGACGGAGAAUUUCUGGGAAGCCCAGUAGAAUCUUUAAUCAUGCCCAAAUGCCAUUUCCAAUCUAGUCAAACAUUUGUGAGCUGCCAGAGGAGAACUGUGCAAUCAAUCUUCAGAGUGUAUGUAAAAUUACCCAGGACUCUUGUUUGGGAUUAAGUUAAGAGUAGAGUAUCUUGGUAAUAAGGAUUCAUCAUUCUCUUUCAAAAAUCAUUUGUCAGAUUUGCAGCACAAUCUUCAACUACAGAAAGGUGGGAUUUAGACAGCAGUUGCUGUUUAUUUAUAGUUGAGGCCCUCAGAUCUAAAUUAUCCAUCCUUCCAAAACUCGGUGUUGGGAUGAAAAUGUUAAGUAGCUGCUUUUCAUCAACAUUCAUUUGAUAACUGCUAGCCAUCAAUUUAUAGUUGUCAGCACAGAAUACAAAUGAAUACUGACUCCUUGAAAGGAAAGGGUACAGAGGUUUCUGAUAAACAAUAUAUGGUAAAGAAAAAAAAACCACCCACAUAUUGAUAUUUGUAAUGCAUUGGUUAGUACUCUAAUAUAAUACUCACAGGGACACAUGUUACACCGUGUUUUGCUUUCAGGUUUUUCUAUUUUAAAAUGCAUGCUCAUUUAAAAGAAAGAUGAGAUUCCUGUCUUAAAGUAGACUUAACUAUGAGAUAUAUAAAAAAUAGACACAAUAUCAUGGCAUAUCUAUAUAUUCAAUGAUUGUGAGAGAGUAGAUGUUCUAAAGAUUGCUUUCUUACAGGGACAUUGCACAGCAAAUGCUGAAUUAAUCCAUUUAUGCAAAAAGUACAGUUAUGAAAGGAACGCACCCUGGAAGUUAGAUUAGGCUUGGAACACCAAGAGCAGGGAAAGAGAACAGCCCUUUUGAAGAUGGCAGUGUUUCCAUGACUAAAGUCCCAGGACAAAGUGGUGAUCUGAAGUGAGCAGGUUUGGCUAAAAGGAAAGACACAUAGCUCUUCAAACCCUGCCUACUUCCAUUGUUACUCAUCUGGUGUCUGUUGGACAAAGCAAAUACUUCUCAAAUGCAAAGCCAGCCACCUUAUCCAGUGACUCUGUGAAUACACCACUAGGAACAGAAUCAUUUAUCAGAAAACUACAUUUAUCAGAGAGCUGCUGUGGUGGAGAUGAGGGGGUGAGCCCUCAUGUCACGGGUGGAAUAGAUGGCUGUCUACACGCCCUGUCUUUCCCUGUCUCCCAGUAACACUCCCCCAGGAGAGGCUAUAACCACUCUCCCAGAACAGUGCAGAGGUCAUCUCCAGAUACCUCGGUGCUUGGGAUACAGCCAUUCCUCACAAACAAUUACAGCUUCAAUCUCUCAUUGCAACACAAAUGAAAGCAAACUGCUCCAAAAGGCCACUUGUUCCCUGCUCACUAUCCAAGAGCAAUCUUUUAGGGGACACAUUUGCCACAAAUUGCAUUUGUUCAUAAAGUAAUGCAGCCUAUACAGGAAUGAGGCUCAUAGGCUUCCCUGGCUAGGUGAUCACACCAGUAAGUCACCCUCUUCUUCGACCGUGAUACUUCUAUAAUGAAAUUAUACAAUUCAAUUUGGAAUAAGUGCUAACCAACGAACACACCAGCUUCCACCAAAAUGAUGGGAAGCAGCAGACGAGAACAGAGAUGUCCACUCCAAAGUUCUCAGCCCUGCAAACUGCCCGGCUUUUUCAGUGAGUUGUAGCCAACGAGAACUAUUCAAGUGGCAUCAACGACUAGCAUUUAUUGAGAGGUUACGAUUUGCCAGGCUCUGUGUGGAGAGCUUUGUAAGCAUUGUUGCCUAACCCUCACACAGCUCUAUGAGCCAGGGACAGUUAGUAUUUCCAUUUAGAGAGAAGCCUACUUGGUAUCAGAGAUCAAAAGCAACUCGUGCAAAGCCACACAGAUAAUCACGUAGAGUGAGUGACUUCAGACUCCGUGUCCGUUGGUACAUGAAACCUGCUCCCCAAAUAUGUGACACAAAUAUCUGCACGUGGACCAUUUCCUCAUCUAUGUCUUCCAUGGGGCUCUGGCUUCCUAUGCCUCUCUGCCUGCUCUGCCGCCUUCUCAGCCAGGCCAUGUCUGGCCACGAGGUGAUGCCCUAACAUGGCCUAAAAUGAAAUGUGGGGGCUGUCGUGUGUUCACCCCAGAAAUGUUAAAAGGAGAUUUUUUUUCCAUUGAUUUAGUCAAUGGAAUUGACUAUGUCAAUUAGUUAAAUUGAAAUGAUAUCCAUUUGGAUGAACAAAAAUAAAGACUCAGCACCCCCUUGGAUGAUCCAAUAGCAAGUGACCCUUACUAAAAACGUUGUCCGAUUCAAAAUGCCAUCUCCAGGUGCCAGAUUUGCAGAACUAAGGAACCUACUCUUUGAUGAUAGAAGUUUUUCAAAGCACCUACAUCCCAAACAAGUGAAAUGGACACAACCUCCAUCUUAUCAGUUCCCACGCAUGUAGGUGCGGGCUCUGACGUGUUUCAUCAGGUUUGCAGAGAAAAUACUGAUCCAUCCCUCUUACUUCCCCUCCUCCAAUGAUUCCUAACAAAGUCAUUCCUACAAAUUCCUGACAACUGACUCCCACAAAGGCCUUCAACAAUCCAGCCUUAGACACAUACAAAUACUUCCUGUAGGUAUUGAAAUGUAACUUUCUUCAUAAGCCUUUGGGAGUUUUGCUAACUCACAGGCUAUUCUUAACCUUUAUUAUAGAAGAGGAAUGCACUCAAUUUCCCAAAAAGAAACAGUGAAGAUGAUCAGGAGAGCAAAUAUUUGUUUUUAGGCUUUAGAAGUGUGAGAAAGUGUUCUGGAGAAUCCAUUUAGAUCCCAUUCGAACUCUUAGCCCUCCAGAAGAGAACAUGCCCUCCCUAACAAAUGAGACGUGGACAAUGUGUUUGGAUGUUGAUCUUUUGCCACAAGGAAAAAUAUUUCUUUGCUAGAAACAGGUUCACAAGGGUAGAAAAACCUCAGGCUCCUUUUCAGUUGCCUCUCCCAUGACAGGUGAAGAGUGUCAUUCCCCAAGUGACACUGGGGACAGUGUCUAUGAUGGGGGCUUGAUGGCCGUGGCUCAGAGAGAGUGAAGUGCCAGUCCAUCACCAUAAAUGCAACAGGUUCAAGCACAGACCACAACCACAAAUUACAAGGGACACCUUGAGAGAAACGCAUGCAGGGGGAAGAGUGCCAUGCAGCUUUUAAAUGACAGCCACGUGCUCACAGGCUUCUGUUCAGAGAGAACCUGUGAGCUGUCCUGGGGCCUUUCCUGUUUGCGGUGCAGGCAUCCCAAAUAUGAUGCCCCCAAAUCCGAGUCUGGCUAGAGGGAAGUGUCAUACAAAGUCCAUGCCAUUCUCCCUGACAAAAGACAUGAGUUUCUUGCAAGAUCACUAAGAAGUUUUAAGAGGUGGACUUGAAGACAGGAGAAUGAAUUGGAAAGCCAGCAAGAAUGUGGCUCUUACUCCUCUGUGAAAUAUUUGCAGGAACGAGCCUGGAGAGCAGCAGGUUCAGGACGGAAAGCUGGAAAGAAUUCUUUCCUAAAACUUAAGUUUUAGAGAAAAAUAGGCAGCCAGUCCCAACCACCCAAAGGCAUCCAAAGCCAUGUUUGUUCUGGGAAGGCCAAGGCAUGGGAGGAUGUUAACUUGGGCUAUCAGCAGGAUUGAAGGGCAGCGUGACCUUGGUACGCUGUCAGGGCCUGUGUUUCCAAGUUGACAAACUGUUCUGAGCUUUUCCAUGAAAUGAGUGAAGCCGUUUUCAUACCUCCUUCAUGUUCCAGAAUUCUUGCCAUCGAUGUUCCAAAGGAUCUGUGAUAGAUUUAUGUCUAGUCUUAAAAGGGACAAGUUGUAACAUUCAGAAUUAUUUUAUCUUUCUGAGACCUGCUGUUAUUGUGAGACCCUAGACAUGCUUUGCUGGGGUUGGGGUGAGGGUACUCCUAACGAGGGAAGGAAAAAGAAACGGCUUCAAGGCAAUCCAUGUGGGUGAUUACAUGCACACUUGUUCCAUCUUCCAUUUGUGCCUGCCCAAAGUGUUCUAGAACUGACCGGACCUGAGAGGCUGUCUCAUUAGAACUAAGAGAAGGUAUUGUUGAUGAUGUCUUAUAUCCAUGGAAGAAUUCCCUGGGCAUUCCCUCUGAUGCUGCCUGGGAUACCUACAUUGCUCAAAGUACAGUUUCUUUAUGAAUAGGGAUGAAACAUCGCAUUGGGGUAUCUAUUCUUCCAUGGUUGGUUUGAAAUGGCCAAGCAGAAGUGCCAUAGAAAUUUGCCAACAAAAUAAGCAUCUAACUGAUAGUGUCAUCCUUCUACAUGGAACCAAUCUGAUGGCAUGUCACUGAAAUUUUCCAACUGGGCCACCUUGAUGCCCGUGCUGAAGGACUGCUGGGUGUUUAUAAGAGAUAAAGGAAGAUAUUUAGUGUGUGUUUAUUUGAAACAUUUUAGAUUUUUACUCUACUUCUUUAACCUCUGUUAUGGUUAUAGCUAGCUCGUGUACUGCGUAAAAAUGUAUGCAUCUGUAUUCACCAUGUACACCAAAAUAAACCUUUGAAAUUAUU